AGCAGAGCGAAAGUGUGCAGUCUAUCAUGUUGUUGUUUGAGGCCCUGCUCAUCAGCCUUAUACCCGUCGUGUUCUCUGGAGGAGGAAGUAUGGCAUCAUUUAUACCGAUUGCAGACGUGUUUGUCCCUGACGUAACGUAUGCAGCAUGUCAGGGGAAGGUUAUGUCUCCAUUGACUUUCCUGUCAACUAAUUCAGCCAUUGAAUGUGGAGUCCAGUGUCACGUGACUGUGACUUGCCUCGCUUUCAGUUACAAUCCUUCUCUGGCCAAUGGGUGUAUUCUCUCUGACUAUUACCUCACUGUGCCAGAGGCUGGCUGGAUUACCAUGGUUCAGAAGUCUCUCGAAGAUUUGUGUAGAGCCUGAGAUUGUUGGUCGUGUUUCAACUCAUCUUUUAUUUGAUUUAACAGUUCAUCUAACCAUCUUGAGUUGUGUGGUGUGGGGUGGUUGGGGGGGUAGGGGUGGCUUAGUAAUUAAAGCAUUCGAUCGUCUCACCGAAGGUCCAGUUUCGAUUCUCUACAUGGCUCACUCACUCACUCACACUCGAGUUGACAGAUGCAUCGUACAUAAAAUAGAUGGAGGGUUAUGAAUCUUUGGGCGCGCUAGGGGGUGGGGUUGUGGGUGGAUGGGUUUUUUUAUGACAUUGUGUGCUCACAGUUUUAUAAAUAAUGUCAAUGAAUUAUUCAGAAUUCCUUGUUUUUGUUGUUCUAAAUAUGGCCUCUCAAGAAUGAUAUCAUUCACUUUUAUAGAGAAUAAUACUGUCAAGACAUGUUUCCUGCCAAUGGUUCACGGCCAGAGACAAUUUCACUGGAUGUGCAAUAGAAGUGUAUACGUUAAGCUAACAAGAUAUAACUCAUGUUUCCAUUGCUAAGUCAUCGUCGCCAAUGAUUAUACUUCACUAGGGCAUGGACUCAUCAGUCAGAUGCCAGCUGGAUGACAAGGGCCCGACCAACAAAGCGUUCGUAGCAUUACGUCUUCGUAAUCCUAUCAUAAACUAUAGAGUUACUUAGCUCGUAACGCUACGACCGCUUUACUGAUCGGGAGCCAGGCUGGUUGGUACAAACCGAAACAUGAGUCUCAUUAACCUAUUCAGACAAUGACCUACUUUUCAGCCGA